CUUUCUAAUAAUAAUCUUUCGAGUGUUCUUAGGCUUCGGGAAUCUUUACUUGUUGAUAUCUAAUCGAUUGGUUCGUUUGUGUCAGUUUCUUUUUCGGCACGACUUUGAUUCAACGAUGGAAGUCAGCCAAUUUCUUUUGGUGUUUUUGCAUGUUCCCGUUCUCACUGUUCUAUCUCGAGAGGUUACGUGGGGGAGAAUUGUGGUUGAUGGAAACACACCAGUAGCAAAAACGGAUGAGAAUUACGUUUGUAUGACUUUGGACGUUUGGCCUUUUAACGAGUGCCCUCAAACGCCUUGUGUUUGGGAUGGCAAUGCAUCGAUGCUCGUUUUGAACUUGUCUCUUCCUAUACUUACUAAAGCUGUGGAAGCUUUCGGGACUCUAAGGAUUAGAUUAGGAGGUACUUUGCAAGACAAAUUGAUUUACGAUGUCGGGAGCUUCAAGGGUCGUUGUCAUCCAUUUGAAAGGAGCAACAGUUCACUAUUUCUAAUUACCGAGGGAUGUUUCUAUAUGGAAAGAUGGGAUGAAUUGAACCGGUUUUUCAACAAGACUGGGGCGAUUGUAACUUUUGGUUUAAACGCGAUGUUGGGAAGGAAUAACACGAUGGGAAAGCAAUGGGAAGGAGAUUGGAACUAUAGUAACACAGAGGCACUUAUUCAAUACACGAUCGAAAAGAAUUAUCAAAUCGAUUCAUGGGAGUUCGGCAAUGAAUUGGGCGGUUAUAAUAGUAUCGGGGCAAGUAUUACCGCUGCACGAUAUGCAAAAGGUUCGAUCAAGCUUCGAGAAAUCAUUGAUCGUUUGUACAAAAACUCUCGACAAAAACCUUCCAUCGUAGCACCUGGUGCAUUUUUUGAUGCCUCCUGGUAUGAAGACUUUGUUAACGAAACAGGUCCGAACGUUGUUGAUGUUCUCACUCAUCAUGUAUACAAUAUGGGUGCAGGGAAUGACACUGAGAUAAUUCAUAAGUUUUUGGAUCCUUCCUAUCUUAGUCGGGAAUCAAGUACAUUCCAAAAGCUCGAGAAUGUUGUUCAAAAUCAUGCCCCUUGGACUGUUGCUUGGGUCGGAGAAGCUGGUGGAGCCUAUGGCGGUGGCAGUCCCUAUGUUUCUAAUACAUUUGUCGAUGGUUUCUGGUACAUAGAUCAACUCGGGAUGGCUGCUUUGUACAAUACUAAGGUAUACUGCAGACAAACUUUAGUCGGUGGACAUUAUGGUGUUCUUCGACCUGAGACUUUAACCCCUUCACCUGAUUACUACGGUGCACUUCUCUUUCACCGUCUCAUGGGUCCAGGUGUUCUCAAGGUUGACAAUAACGUCUCUUCUUAUUUGCGAGCUUAUGCUCAUUGCUCGAGAGAAAGAACGGGUAUAACCGUGCUUUUCAUUAAUAUGAGCAACCAAACUGACUUCAUAAUCGAGAUUGAAAACCACACUAAUGUGAGUUUGGCUGAGAAGACGAGUCGAAUGAGACAGAUCUCGAAAGGUGGAAGUAAAGUAUCGGAUUUGGGAGCACAACGAGAAGAAUACCAUUUGACUCCAAGUAACGGUCUGCUUAAGAGUCCCACGGUGCUUUUGAAUGGAAAAAUAUUGGAGACGACAGAGGAGGGAGAUUUGCCGAAUCUUACACCGGUUUAUCGUCAGAGUAACUCUUCUAUAAGUAUCGCUACUUGGUCUAUUUCGUUUGUUGUCGUUCCCAAUUUUGUAGCCUCAGGUUGCAAAUGAUU